AGUUUUCUAUAGAUGAAAAAAUAACACUACGAUCCAUUCUUAUUUUCCCCUUUAUUUUUUUUCAUCUAUUUUCCAAACAUAGCGUAAAAUUAAGGGAAAUCAAAGUGCAAGAAACCAUUUUCUAACACUUUCACACCAACUAACAACCCUAGAAAUUUCUACUCAAUCAAACCAAACCAAUAAAUCGAACCAGACCACGAUAUUAUCCAAUCAUUAUAGGAGAGAGAAAGAGAAAAGGCCCCAAAAUCCUUCCCUCCCCCGAUCGAGUCUUUGUUUCCUCUGCAGCGCCACCGUCUUCUCCGUCUUGUUUUCGGCCUCCGGCAAGUUCGAGCAGGCGGGGCUGGCAUCAAACUGCUCCUCUCUUGAUGCUGAGUCAUAAUCUGGCCAUCCUUUGGCCGAUCGGUGCACCAUAAGAAUGGAUUGAAGCUUAUAAGAUUCGGCUGUUUUUCCCCUCUUCGUAUUCCGGCGAGUUUGAGUUUUGUGAUUAAGAGAAGUUGUUGUGGGUGUUUCUUUGAACGGCAACGUCUUCCUUUUUAUAAAUUAUAUUUUCUUUCAAGCGGAGAAUUCACGACCAAGGGCCCCAAGAGGGAGACAAGAUUCAACUCACGAGCGUGACAAUUUUUCUUGUCGUUAAAUUUAACGGACCAAACUUACCCCUUACGUUAAAAAGUCUGGUUGAAAAAGUUUAAGCGUGCUUUGCCCGUUAAAGCUAACGGAAUUAUCGAAAGCUUUGCAAUUAUUGUCGUCGUGUUCACUCCAACUUAAAAACAAUAGCACCAACAGAACUCUUUCUCCGAAACUUCAACGGAAUCUCGCUGGCAAUUUUUACCCGCCUGGGUUCGUACGGUCGGUUUAAAGAUUUGGGACCUAAGUAACCACAGAUUUGUUUAUAGGUAGAGAAAUGACAUGACUUGGUUUGAUUGGUACUCGGAAGAUUUUAUUUUCUUGUGUUCUCUGGUGUAGAUGGAGGGUAGAAGUUUCAGGCAAGAAUCACAUGUAGCACAGCAAAGCAGAAGAGAUAAGCUAAGACUAGUUGAACAAAGCUCAAGAACUUGGUUAGUUGAUAAUCACCAUGUGUUUCCUAACAAUUUGGAACAGUUGUCGGUCCAUUUGAGGCUAAACCCAGAUCUUAUCCAGGUUCGAAACGUUGGGAAUGAUAAUUUGCAUCGUUACAGUCCUAGUACUAGUGUUUUCUCAUCUGAAAUGCUAAAAUUUUCAACUAGUUGUUGUAACGGUGUUUUACCAGUUGAAAAGAAUGCAAUUUUUGAUCAAGAACUUGGUUUGGUACAAUCAAAUACUGCAUUAUUAUUCACAAAUAUGUCUAAUCCUAUUAAUUCAACUAAAGCUAGUAGUAGUAAUGACCCACAUGCCUGUAGUAGCAGCAGUCAUUGGAGAAGCAUUGAUUCUCAACAAAGUUAUGAUUGGAUGGUGAAUUAUGCAAGUGGAUUAUCAGUAGGUAGGGAAAGCAAUAAUCAAAAACCUAUUUUUGUUGGGGAUGUCUUGUCAAAUAAUGCAAAAGAAAACAAUAUUUCAAGAAAUGUUGGAUACGAUCAAGAUUUUCAUUUAUCCUCUAAUAUUCCUUCUCAAGAUUGUCAGAAGCAGCAACAAUUUACUUCUCAUGUGCAUUAUUCAUCAAUGUACCCAAAUACUCUUCAAGAUGUUGUUGCUGCUCAACCUUCUGCUUUGUUUUUUGAAAAUGCGAAUUCUUGGAGCAGUAGUGAGCAACUGGAGCUUAUUGCAAGAAAGAGUGAUCAAGAAGGUCUAUCUUUGACUCUUGCAUCAAAUCCACCGGCUAGAGCGAAUGUUAAUCACUUUGGUGAGGGAUACGAGUCUAAUAAUCAAGAUUCAAGAUAUUAUUUGUGUCCAAUUUCAAAACCAGAAAUUAGCAAUAGAGAAUGUGGAAAAUCAGUUAAUUAUUCUUCGAAUUACGUACUUCGGAAUGCUGGUCCUCUUGGUCCUUUUACAGGAUAUGCAACUAUUUUAAAGAGUUCUAGAUUCUUGAAGCCUGCUCAAGAUCUUCUAUUGGAUGAGUUCUGUACUAUAACAGGUUCAAAACUCAUUACAACAUCUGGAGAAGUUUGUAAUUUAGCUUCUGUGGAUGUUGUUAAUGCAACUAAGGCAGAGACUAGUCCUCCUAAAGUCGAUAAUAAUAACAAUAAUAACAACCAGAAUUCUGUUGUCUCAUCAUCGACAUUUUAUAGCUCGAAUGAAGUGAAUGGUGAUGUUGGUGUUGCGAGCAGUUCUUGUGAAUCUGAUAAGCCGGAGUAUCAGCAAAAGAAGGCAAAGCUUCUAUUUUUGCAAGAGGAGGUGUGCGGAAGAUACAAGCAAUAUGAUCAGCAGAUGCAAAUGGUAGCUUCAUCUUUUGAAUCAGUAGCAGGUCUAAGUGCUGCUACACCGUACCUUUCUUUGGCUUUCAAUUCAGUGUCAAGAAACUUUAAGUGUCUAAAACGUGCUAUAUCAGAUCAGCUUAGGCAUGUAGCCAAGGCGUUAGGGGAGGAUUUCUUGUCCCCCAAUACAGGUGCUAGUAGUACUAGAGGUGAUACAAGCACAUCAAGGAUGAGAUAUAUAGAUCAAAGCUUUCAGAGGCACAAAUCUGGUGGGGCUAAUGUGGCAUACUUUGAACCCCAACAACAUGUCUGGCGGCCCCAACGAGGCCUACCAGAACGUUCAGUGACGAUUCUUAGAGCUUGGCUGUUUGAUCACUUCCUUCAUCCAUACCCCACGGACACGGAUAAGCACAUGUUAGCCACUCAAACUGGUCUGUCCCGUAACCAGGUCUCAAAUUGGUUUAUAAAUGCUCGUGUCCGCGUUUGGAAACCAAUGGUUGAAGAAAUACACAUGCUUGAAACAAAAGGAUUGGCGGAAACCAAUCAGACUUUUAUGAAUGAUGUUGAUGGAAAAUCUACUGAUGGCAGUACCAGUCAGCCAGACCGUGAGCAACCCUCGAAUAAUGUUGCUGCUAGUUGUACUGUUAAUAAGCAGUUGAAAUGCUCAGGAGGAGUAAAUGCUGAGCAAUGGAAUCAAAAGAAAAGAGCGAGAGUAGAGUUGCAAGUCCCAACUAGCAUGGACGGAGCAGUAAUGAAUUUUUUGCCAUAUCAAAGAAGUGGAAUUGAAAUUGGAGGAAUUGGAGCUGUUUCACUCACAUUGGGUCUAAGGCACGGCGUAGAAAAUGCCCAGCAACAGCACACGCAGCUGCAGCAACAUGAGAAUCAACUUAGGCUGCGAUUUGGAGGUCAGAUGAUUCAUGAUUUUGUGGGUUGAUUUUUAUAGUACAUGUUCUUUUUAUCUUUGAAUGGAAGCAGAAAGUGAAUGAGAAAUUAGAAAAAAAAAAGCUCAUUAUAUAUAUAUAUAUAUAUAUCACCAAUGUUAUCUUUGCAUUGGCUAGGAAAAAUUGGUCUCUUUCAAUGAUAACUUACAUUGUUUGAGGCUUUAAUUUGUUUUGUAUAUUAUACAUAUGUUUCCCUUA